GUUGGUAAAAAAAACUAUUUGCAAAAGAAAAACCGUUGAUCCGAGACGACGUUUAACUUUAAAAAUACCGUUGUAAAGCAAUACCGUUGGUAGAUUUGGCUACUGUCUUUCUUUCGUACUGAGAUGCGCAACUAUUUAGACAAUUAUACCGUGAAUAUACGGUAUCAAUACGGUCUUAAGGUCUUAUAUACUGACGCUAAUGUAAGAGUUACAUGUGGUGAAAGAAGAGCUAUUGCUUACCUUGCAUUCCAAUUUCCCGAGUUCGUCACUUAUAAAAUCAUCAGCGCAUAACGACAUGUCAAAGUUUCUUUCUUUUUUUAUCCCCUGCUUAGCCCAUACCCAUACUUGCCUCUAAGUUGAGUACCUACCACGUAUCGAUUCUAUACCGUAUCCGAGCUUACCUGAGCAGAUAGAGGUAUCGUACCUGCCUGCACCUUCUGACAAUUCUAAGAGCUCCGUAGCUUCAGCAUAUACAUAUUUGAUAAACUAGGAACUCACUAUGGAGCCGUCACUUUACAGGUUAUCGGCUCUAUUCCAAGUUUUGUUCGUUGUAUCAACCAGAUAUUCUUUGAGAUUUCUCUACUUCGUCGUUCAGUAUCCCCAGUUAGUGAAGAUGCGUUUUGAGGAUUGGGAUGUGCUAUUAUUUCCCAGGGAUUCCAAAAUCCCAAUGAAGGAGUUCAAGACUAAUUGCCAUGUGGUCCACGAUAAUGAAUUUGCAUAUAGCCACGGAUCGUACGGCUUACCAACCAUGACAUGUUUCAUGCCAGGACUGUCCCCAGGCACCCAAUUCAACAUCUCGCUUCACUCCUGGAAGACACCCGAUAUCAGUCAGUUCACUAGAAGCUACAGCAAGCAUCCAGAAUUAGUCAAGUUCGAGGCACGAGUCUUGAUCGAUGGUCGUCUAGUCGCUUCGUCAGCAUUAACCCGUACUGGGCCGUGGCCUCAGCUGAUCAACCAUAGCUUUGAGUUCACCAAAAAUGGUGACCUAGAAACUCUCAGGUUCCCUCCGUUCCGCAGCGAAGUUCUCCAGCAAAGCUACUGGAGCCCGGCAGAUGAAAUUGGAAGAAUUAAAAUUGUCAUUAGCGAGGGGUUCCCGAGGGACUCUCUAAGUGUUCCCAUCGAACGAGUCAAGAAUGUUGUGGCGUUUUCGUUCCAACAUGCUCCCCUUGAUAUUCUCGAGAGCUCUGGUAUUGCGUGGCCGAAUCCCGGGAUGUGGCGGCGCACUCCUUUCAACCCUACCAUGCCUGUUCCGUCACAGCGCCACGAAGACGGUCCGGAUGCCCAUCAACACUCCCCUCGUCGUCGGACGACGAGUUACAUGAAAGGAACAUCCAAUUCAUCUGGGUACAACCCUGCCCCCCCGGGGCUAAUACAAGCAAAUACCAACGGCUUGCUUAGCUCUAUGCCUAAUACCCAGGCAUUGUUACAGCGUAACGAAACCGAAUCUGGAUCUGGAUCUGGAUCCGCCUGGGCAGAUCCCUUCAGCACGCAAAAGUCUGAAGCGACUGCUUGCUUUGAUUGGACGAAUAGCAAUUUCGGACCCAUAGGAUUCAACCAGACCACCGACAGCGGCAAGUCUAACUGUAACUAUGCUUCUACUCGCAGGACUACCGGCAUAAGCAAGGUGUCACGCUCUGAUAUGAGCAUGCCUGAUUACGGUUUGUGCAAUUCGAACACUACUCAAAGCAUAUCAGAUCAUCAAUUCUUAAACCUCUCAACGUCUAAUCUUGGAGAUGCGGAUACAGCCACCCAUAAUCCCAAGGUGCCAUCUAACACGCCAACGACUUUGACUGGGACAAAUUUCAUGGAUGAGCUUAAUAUAGACGUGAGCAAGAUCGACGCGCCUGGAGGCACGUCAAUGAACGACUUUUUCAACUCUAACCACGCCAAUUUCUCGUCCGAGCUCGCAAAUUCUCUUACACAUUCAUUGCUGAAUCAACCACAUCCGCUUCCUGUCUAUGCCGGAAGCAUUGCGCCACCAGCUCCUGAAGUGAAGUCACGCAAGGAGAAUCGUCUUCACCAGGACUCCCCGAAUGAAAAUGUAUCAACCAUAGACCACGUCGAGAUGCGCAAGGUAUCGCAGCCAUCAUUCUAUAACCUUGGGAAGGAAACCCAGGACAACAGCUCAAACAAUUCUCCCCCUAGCCAGGGUACAUUCUCGGGAGUGUUCUCUCAUCGAUCCACGUCAACAGCUGACUUUGGUAAUGACCUCACCAACUGCACCAACAUCUUUCAACACUCGAAUGUAGACUCGCAUAUAUGUGGCGACGCAGCCCCAGAGAUCCGCAUCACAGGCUGCCCCGACAAGGGCAUCAAGCGCACUCGUCACUUCACGUCGGCUGGUGGCAAAGUGAUUGAUGAUACCAUUGAGGCACUAACCAACAGCCCCCAAGUGCAAACCGACCUCGACGAGCAAUUCGGGGCGCCAAUGUAAUCAAAAUCCCGCCGAGUGCACUCACAAUAACACCCUCGUCGUGGCCCUUUCAUUAUAGCCAAUGCAUUAUAGACUUCUUGUACUGGUAACCUCGAGUUGGCUUGUAGAAUAUUCUUGGCCUUGUAAAAGGUUUUGAACCACAGCCCAUAGGACGUGGGGUUUUAAUGUUAUGGUAUGGGAAGGGAAGCAAAGUUUGGUGUUUAGCUGAGAAGAGUAUAGAUAGAUUAAGUCGACUUCGCGGGUACAUAACUUGCAGAACAAUAAAUGGGAAUACCACUUUUACGCGAAUACUUAAAUCGUAGAAUUAAAUCUCGGUUGAGCGCGGGGAUAGCAUGGUGGUGGAGGGCACCGAGGCGU